AUGCCUCUCGGCGACAAGCCUCGCCAGCCUCAGCUGAGCGCUGGAGCCGCCCGAGGCAUGACCCGAACGCCCCUGACCCCCAAGGUCGCCGUCAAGGGGCCGCCAGCAACCACGCCGCUGGCUCGCAAGUCCUCGUCUGUUCUCAGCGCGCAGUCGUCGCCGCGUGGCGAGAGCGCCGGGGCUCCUCCGGCUUCCUAUCUCAGCCAUACCAGCACCCCGCGGUCCGGCGCCAGGCAGACCCGUGCCGAGAGCACUGUUUCGACCAGCUCGACGAACCUCGACAAGAUGAGCGACGGCGGGUGGGACACGAGGAGCAACCGCGGCCUGGGCGUGUCGCCUCUGGCUCGUAGCGAUAGCCUGAGCUCCAGGAGGAGCGUCAACGGCCCAUCGUCCAACUCGCCCGGCGAUGACUCCAAGUUCUUCUACGCGAGCAGCGUAAAGCCCGCGGCUCAAGCACCGCCGCCUCGACCAGCCUCGGUCGUCCAUACUAAAAGUACGCCGACCUUCUUCUAUGCGAGCGAUGCUGCCAGCAAGCGAGUGACGAGCCCUCCAGCAUACCCCAGCUCAAGCACUCACUCGCUGGCCUCGGCGCAAGAGGGCGUUGCUACCAAGUUCUUCUACGCAAACGGCGCGCCAGAUGUGGAAGCGAGAUUGUCAGCGCGCAGCUCCGGCUCGGGUUCGACAAUCUCCAGCAGCUCCAGGGCGACGCGCGCCAACACCAGCAACUCCUCGGCCGUGGGAUCCAGCACGACUCAGAUAUACUCGCGGCCAGCAUCGCCCUCAAAGAACCUUACACACCCUACACUACCACAGCAGCAGCAUGCACAACCGACGCUCCGAGCCAGUGCCAUGUCACCUACCUCCCCGAUCAGGGCCUCGGCUCACCAGGCUCCGAAGCUGGCGGCCACCACCGCGCAAGCCAACAAACGACGAGUGAGUAUCGAGCAGCCUCUGCGGCUGAAACAGGGGCACGGUCGCGCCGGCAGCGUCGUUUCUGUAGAAGGAGGAGCCGCCGUCCCGAAGAUUGCCUCACCCACAAGCGUACCGCCCACGAUCCAUGCGCCUGACAUGACACCGCCGCUUUUGAGUCCCGGACUGGCGCAAUUAGCACAGCCAAUGACGAUGGCGUCGAUUCUACAAAUGGCCGACGAGAUGGAUGAUGAGGAUGAAGACGACGAAGGGGACGGGAGCGAAGGCGAGGGAGAAGACGGAGAAGAUGGGAACAGCGACGAUUCAGAAACCGACUCCAUCAGUCGUAAGAGAAAUUCCCAGAAUUCCGAGCCUCUUGAUCACCUUGUCCUGAGCGCCCGGCGCGAGCGCAAAGUUCAGGACCUGGAAAUCACAAACGCUUCUCUCGAGGCCAUCAACAGAACUCUUGAGAGGCAGCUGCGGAAACAAUCUGCAGAAUUGCGCCGCUUCCGACGCUUAUCCAGAGCCGGGCGCCUCGGCUCUGCAGCUUCGGGCCAAGGCGGUGCGUCCCUAACUGUACCGGACGCCGCAGGAAGCCUCACCGACGUCAGUGAGAGGGAGGAAGAUGCCGCAAAGCAGGAUGGGGAACUAGAAGAGGACGAAGACGACGAAGAUGAGGAGGACGAGGAGGACGAAGACUCGCUAGUCGAUUCCGAGUUAUCCCACGGAAACACAGCUGCCGACCCCAACUCUACCACCUCUCAGUCCAAGGCGGAAUCGCCUGGCGACAAACGGCGGAAACGGGACGAGCGCCGUCUCCAGCUCGACCUCACAAGGCAUCAAGAGCUUUUGCUCGACAGCCAGAAGAUGAACCAGAGUCUCAAGAAGUGUCUGGACUGGACAGAGGUGCUCAUCAAGGAAGGCCAGAAGGCAUUGGCCUACCAGGUCAGAAUCUCCGACGUGGACGCCAUGCCCGGCCGCGUCCUGGCAGCUUCAUAUUACGACUACCGUGACGACACAUCCCAAGUCGAAGACGAUACGAUCUCCACCGUUUCCGCCUCGCGUUUCGACGACGAUACCGUGUCAGGCUUGGAAUCCGAAGGGGAGGCAUGGCCGAAAGAAUCACAGGAUCGUGAUAGUGGCAUAGCACUGCGCGCUGCGGGCCAUUAG